AUGGCGGCAAAGCACAGUACCUCCGGCGAAGGCGCAUGUGCUCUACACGCCAUCCACACGCUGACCUGGAAACUAGGAAUCGGUCGGGUUGGGUUGAAUUCGGGGGCUGUGAUAGGCUUGUCACUUACAGUCGGAGGAUGGCUCUCAAAUUUUAUAGUGUUUCUGAUUCAAGAAUUCAAUAUAAACAGCAUUGAUGCUGCUAAGAUUGCAAACGUGGUUAACGGUUCUUCCAGUUUUAUCCCAAUCAUUGCUGCAAUCAUAGCCGACUCUUUCUUCGGCUCAUUCUCCGUUAUCUCAGUUUCCUCCUGCAUUUCUUUGCUGGGCAUAAUUCUCUUGACCUUAACCGCGACACUUAAUUCGUUGAAGCCUCAACCUUGUGCUAUCGUCUCCGAAUUAUGCCAGCCCACCUCGACAUUGCAGUAUGCAAUCCCGUAUGCGGCCUACAUACCUUUUUCUACAUCUAUCGGGUUGGGAGGCACCCGCUUUACCAUGGCAAUACUGGGUGCUAAUCAAUUUGACAGACGUAAGGACCAAGCAACUUUCUUUAAUUGGUGCUUCGUUUCUAUAUACUCUGCUUCAAUAGUAGGCCUAACAGUCAUUAUCUAUCUUGAGGACAAUGUGGGUUAUAGACGGGGAUUUGGCCUAGCUGUCAUCACCAACCUAGUUGCCAUAGCCAUUUUCUUGUCUGGAACCCGUUUCUAUAAAUAUGAUAAGCCACAAGGGAGUCCAUUUGUGGGUUUAGCUCGUGUUAUUGUUGCUGCGACGUGGAAAAGGAAUCUCCAGAUCUCUUCUGAAAGCAAAGAUUAUUACUAUGGGAAUUAUGGAGUAACGGGGGUGGAGGCUGCAGCAUCUAGCAGGAGUUUGAGGUUUCUUAACCGUGCAGCACAGAAAACUGAAGGAGACAUCAGAUCAGAUGGUUCAAUUGUAAAACCAUGGAGACUGAGCACAAUGCAACAGGUGGAAGAUUUCAAGACGAUUAUAAGAAUUUUUCCAAUGUGGUCAAUAGGCAUAUUCUUAGCUACCCCGUUAGCAAUUCAAUCCAGCUUAUCAAUCCUGCAGGCUCUAACCAUGGACCCUCACCUUGGACCUCAUUUUCGGAUACCACCUGGCUCGGUUGUAGUCAUUAUUCUAAUCUCCAAUGUCAUCUCUCUCUCCCUUAUCGACAGGUUCUUAUAUCCCGCAUGGCAGAAGUUGAUUGGCCGGUCUCCAACGCCCCUACAACGUAUUGGAUUAGGCCACAUGUUAAACAUUCUCAGUAUGGCUGUUGCGGCAAUGGUGGAGUCGAAAAGGCUUAAAGUAUUCCAAGACCACCAUCUCCAUGACCAGCCCGGUGCUGUUGUACCAAUGCUAGCUUUGUGGCUUUUCCCACAGUUAACUUUGAUAGGCAUUGGAGAGGCAUUUCAUUUUCCAGGGCAAGUUGAAUUUUUCUAUCAAGAAUUUCCAUUGUCGCUGCGAAGCACAUCGACGGCUUUGACCUCAUUGAUUAUUGGGAUUUCAUUUUACCUAAGCACAGGUGUGAUUAAUUUGGUCCAAAGGAUUACUGGAUGGUUACUAAACAAUAUAAGCGACGGCAAGCUGGACAAUGUUUAUUGGAUGCUCGCUGUGGUGGGGGUGAUAAACUUUGGCUAUUAUUUGGUGUGUGCUAAGUUUUACAAGUAUCAAAAUGUAAAGGGUGCAGAUGGCAGUCCUGACCCUGAUAGUGCGUGA